AUGCCGCCACCACAAUCACCUAAGGCAACGCCUCCUCGGGCUGGCACUUCGCGCCUGUUGGCGAUGAAGUUCAUGAACCGCCUUGGGCCUUCAGACUCUACACCCACGACAUCAUCUCCCUUAGCAUCAGCUUCGUCGACGCCCAUAUUCAACAAAACCGACACUGCAUCCUCAGAUGAAGACAAUGACGACGACAACCGGCCAUCCGCUAAGCGACGCAAGGUUUUAUUAUCUGUGGACGCGGCGGCAUCGUCUCCUGCGACGGCGGUCGCUGCCGCAGCAGGCACGACAGUAGCAGAAAUGGAGGCUACCAUGCGCGCGUCCAUGGACGAGGAGGAGCGGAGGCGCCAGGUGGCCAUCAAGCGGCGUGCGGCAGAGCUGGGCGAUGAGCAUUGGACGUGGAACACGCCGCUGCCACCACACGUUGCAGCCAAGCUGGCAGCCGGCUCCAACUCGGUGAAAUCAAAACUGCCCUAUACGGUCGUGCGUGUUGGAUACGCCGAGAUUGAUGACAGGGCAGACUCUGAAGCUACUGGCAGCAGCAGUCCCACAACGCCGACCACAGCGCACCCAGUGGCAGGCAGCGCCAAACCCAAUAUUAUGCGGUUUAACAUGAAGAAGGUUCCCGGCAAGAGCGACGAAUCCGAUGACGAGGAUGACGAAUCGACACAGGGCGGCGACAAGAAGUCACGGAAACGUUCACGAUCCGACGUUGAUUCCAGUUACAAGAAGAAAGAGACCACGAAACUGAAACAUCUGACCUCGCUGUCGUCCCAAGGCGGCCAAAGCUCGGCGAUGAAGUGCCACAAGUGUGGGCGGCCUGGCCACAAGGCAGCUAGCUGUCCUGCAGCACAAAGCAAAAGUGCCCGCAAGAAGCGAUAA